UAAAGAAUAAGAGUGUCAAGGUGGUUUAAUAGCUAACAACAUUGUUUCUAGAAUUUUUUUUUUCUGUCCUCAAGAAAAUUGUUUCCAUUAGAUUGGAGAGUGACUAAUAGUAUUAUUUUAUUCAUUCUGAAAUUUGCAUAUUGAAUUUUUUAUUUUCUGAAUGCAUUGUAGUUCAUUCAACUUCACUGGUUACAAAAUCAAUAGAGGAUUUUUCCACUAAUCCAAUUGGUAUGAAUUCAUCACAAAAUAAUUUGGAUGAAAAACCUGUUAUUUAUUUGACUGGAUUUGGGCCAUUUGGCGGCUACAAAGUAAAUGCAAGUGAUGCUGCUGUAUCUUUGGUGGAGAAAACUAAUUUGGCCCAUGAACUGGGAGUGGAGCUAGUAUGCGAGACUCUAGAAGUUGAUUAUUGCUCUGCUAGAAAAAUUCUUCCUCAAAGAUGGACUCAACUUAAGCCAAAGCUUGUGGUACAUGUUGGUGUCGCAGGACACGCUAGUAAACUCACACUGGAAGAGCAAGCCGGCAAUGAUGGCUACACUUGCCUUGAUAUCAAACACACAUGCCCGCAGGACCACUGCUGCAUUCCAGGUGGAAAAGAUAUCUUGAUGACAAACCUACCACUUAAAGAUGUUGCUCGAGACAUCAACCAAAAUGUUUCCCUUCAAUUGAAGUGUGAACUCUCACAGGAUCCUGGCAAGUACCUAUGCUCAUUCGUCUACUACACAUCUCUCAACCAAGACGCAUCACGUAGCAUCUUCAUCCAUGUUCCACCCUUGGAGGUCUGCUCUGCCGAAAUAACUGCCAAAGCUCUAGCUCAAGCAAUCCGGCUACUGUACAGAACGGUACAAGUCGCUGAUGCGACAACUAACAUAGUCAGUGCACAGGAAUCGGUAAAUGGAAAUACGCGACCGGUCGAGAACGACUGUGUCAAUAACCCGAGGCUUAUUGACACAGAGCGCAACACGUCAUUUCAAGAACAGGAGGAAGGCCCCGCAGGGACUGCUACAAGUAGAGUGCUUCCCACCUCAAACGAUGCCAAACCUGCCGGCGAAAUUGGUGAUGGUGCACUAGAAAUGAGCAAGCUAAAUUUGACUGGAGAUUGACGCCUUGCUAUGAAAACCAACGCCGAAAUGAUUUCCCCUAAAAUAUUCACAAACAAGUGGAUUAACCUAAUUUUGCUGAUGUGAAGAAGGGUUGAGGCAGAGACAAGGUACCUCCGUCCGUAUGAUGUCAGAGAUGAUUACGUGGCAAUAAUCAAUUCCAUAGUUCUAGGUCAUUUUAUACCACUGUU